UGGGUUUAUUUGGAUUAAUUUUUUUCUUCCCCAACGCCCCUAUCCUACCUCUGAUUUCUUGUUUGCUAAGUUUUGUUCGUCUCCAAGCGGUGAAAUUUCUUAAGUGAGAGAUCUCCAUAUCCGGAGUUACUUCGAUUUUUUGAUUUCUGCGUCUACAAUGUCUUCUCCUGCCGAAUAUUACAACUCUCUUCCACCUAUAAGUAAGGGAUAUGGAACCCUGUGCCUUCUGGCUACUACAGCCUUUCAACUUGGCUUAUACGGUCCCGUCCAUAUUGCGUUGAUCCACGGACUCGUAUUCAAGCAUUUUCAGGUAUGGAGGCUAUUCACAAACUUCUUAUUCCUUGGAAAAUUUUCUAUCAAUUUUGGAAUUCGUUUGCUAAUGAUAGCAAGAUAUGGGGUUCAACUUGAGAAUGGACCAUUUCAAAGGCGAACAGCAGAUUUUCUGUGGAUGAUGAUAUUUGGAGCCUUGACAUUAUUGGUACUUUCCGCUAUCCCAAUCUUCUGGUCGCCAUUCUUAGGGAUAUCACUUGUGUUUAUGCUUCUCUAUGUCUGGAGUAGAGAAUUUCCAAAUGCACAGAUCAACUUAUAUGGCCUCGUGACUCUUAAGGCAUUUUAUCUGCCAUGGGCCAUGCUAGCGCUUGAUGUCAUUUUUGGUUCACCUCUUGUACCUGAUCUACUUGGAAUCCUCGCAGGGCAUCUGUAUUACUUCUUGACCGUGUUACAUCCACUAGCUGGCGGAAAGAACAUAUUAAGAACUCCAUUUUGGGUUCAUAGGUUAGUCUCAAGGUGGAGGAUUGGAGCUCCACCAGUUCAACGUGCGCAGCCUACCGAUGAUAGGGGUACGAGUGGAGCUUUCAGAGGGAGGGCUUAUCGGCUUAAUGACUAAACCUGCUUCUGUGUAAGAAAGAAAUUUCCAACACUGGAAGUUUUCAGAUUGUGCCUGCUAACAACAUGAAGAGAGGGGGAUAGGUUCGGUUCGGUUCGGUUCGGAAAGAUUUAUCGCAAGCGAAUAUUCGUUUAAUUUCAUGAAUGGUGCCCUUGUGUUUACGAAUGUUACAUUUAUUUCAUGAAUAGUAAUCAGCAGGUGCUCGAGUUUGGCCAAUUCUUCUGAUUAGAAAUACUAGAGAUUAAGGGGUUUUAAAUAUUGUUUUAUGUUUAGACUCUCUAAUUUUCUCUGUGCAGCCCUGAAUAAAUAGUAUAUGUUUAUCGACUUCA